GACUUCCGGUCUCAAAAGAACACAAGAUUUAAAUGUUCCUUCGCUUAGUUCCCGUCUGCCACCUCUGCCCCUUUUUAUUUACAACAACAGGAGCGCCGUUGGUAAUCAUAACCAGAGGAAACAAUGAAUGAUCAUACCCGCAAAUUAUUUGAACGAGUUGCUAAAAAGAUGGGCUGGGAUGAUGAGGGAGGACUGGACACAGCAGAAAAAAAGUUGAUAAACUCAAUUGGCAAAACUCGUCAUGCUGCCACAAGCAGUUAUCGAUCUGUGGAUCAAGCAGCCUCUCCUGUCCAGCUUGCCCUCUCUGACGGGGAAGAUGACCCAGAGAAGGAGAACCAGUUCUCCAAGGGCAACGAUUACAGAAACAAAUCUUUGAUCGAGUCCAGUGAUGAUGACUUUGACCAAUUUCUUGUGGGAAGGGCUACACCAAAAGCUAAACCUACCCCACUGAAACCAUGUAGUGCUGCAAUGAAAGACCGCUCAAAUGUUCUUGUGAGUUCGGACGAUGACGGCGGCUUCGAAACAUAUGUUGAAGUUCUGCAACGAUUGAAAACCCCAAAGGCCAAGACUAAGAACAUUUCACAGAGUGGGAGUGAAGAUAGCAUCAAAAACUUCAUAGUGGAUGACUUCUCAUCAGAUGAUGACUUUAUUGAGACAAAAUCAUCUCGUAAAGUGCCUAAGAAGUGUAAUACUCCAGCAGUACUGCAUCCACUGAGGAGACCGCUGUCUCGGUGUGACUCCCCAGUCUUUGUUAGUGACAGUGAUGAUGAUGAGAAUAAUAUUGUGGUCAAGAGCACGUGGAAGACUCGUCACUCAAAACCUAAACCCACACCAAAGGCUAACAAGACGAAUGCUCUGAGGUGUGAUGAAGAAGACAGUUCGCCAUCACUACCGUCCCCUCCCGUCCCUUCUCCUUCUCCUUUUCCUUUUCUUCCUCACAAAACUCAAACAUUGCUGGCCUCUCCAAAACGCACUCUUUCAGCACCGUCUAGGCUGGAUGAAUCGGCCAGUUCUGAAGAGGAGUUCAUCUCCCUACUGGAGAGACUGAAAAAGAAAAACAAGUUCGCCGGCACUUCAUUCUCCCCUAAAGGCACCCACGAAUUCGAUAAGAAGCCUCCUGUGUCAGCUCUUCCUGUAAAGGGACUCGCAACACCAAUCUCUAAACCAUUAAGGGAAACACCUCUGCAUGUGAAGACACCAGGAAAAUCCGUCUUCUUGAAGCCCAGAGUCAGUCAGACAGAGCCCAGGCCUGGCCCCACCAGCAGGGUAGCAUUGUGUAAGACCCCGGGGUGCUUCCUGCAGACCUUAUCAAACCCUGGCUCCACUUCUGGCCGCAAUUUUAAGCAGAACAAGGAAGAACUUACCAGUAGACUUUACCAGCUGUACAAUACCAGUGUGUUUGACAGUAAGCUCCCCGUCAAUAUGUCAGUGACUUGGAAUAAGAAGAUGCGGAAAACAGCCGGUUACUGUAUCACAGGGCAGGAGCGAGGCGGAGGGAGCCGCUAUGCCCGCAUUGAACUGUCCGAAAAAGUCUGUGAUUCUGCAGAUCGUCUCAGGGACACGCUGAUUCAUGAGAUGUGUCACGCUGCAACCUGGCUGAUUAAUGGUGUUAGGGACGGGCACGGAAACUUCUGGAAGCUGUAUGCUCGCAAGUCCACAGUGGCGCAUCCCGAGCUGCCCAUGGUCACUCGCUGCCACAGUUAUGACAUCAAGUACAAGUUUCAGUACCAGUGCAUCCGCUGCCAGAAUACGAUCGGGCGUCAUUCCAAGUCCCUGGACACGCAGAGGUUUGCAUGUGCCCUCUGCACAGGACAACUUGUCUUACUAACGCCUGCCAAGCAGCGUGCUCCCGCACCGUUUGCCAACUUUGUCAAAGAGAAUUAUGGGACUGUACGACAGAAGCUAUCAGGACAAAGUCACGCGGAGGUGAUGCGUAAACUUAGUGCAGACUUUGCCUCCAAGACUAAACUAAGUCAAAGCUGAGAUGUUGAUGAACAACCACAGAAAACCAAUUCUGAAAUACCUCAGUCAACUAGUCGUGUGUGUGUGUGUGUGUGAGUGUGAGUGUGAGUGAUCCUUGGUAUCACUUUUAUACUGGAGAUCAGUGUCCUUUGGCAUUGUACAGGACGUUAAAUGUGCGAUUAGAUCCUUUUUUAUUAUUUUUUAAUAUUUGACUGGUUUUGUCUUCCUGUUAUGAACUCUAUAAAUAAAGUUUAAACGUGUUACUGCACA